AUGGAUACACAACCAUCAGAUACUAGUUUUGAAGAAGGAAUCCUGUUUACUCUUGAUGUUCGAGGGAAGAAACUCGGUUGUUCUCUUUUGGAUUGCACUGACAAAAUUUUAAAAGUGUUGGAUCAUGAUUACCAACUUUCUGUAGCAGGUAAUUAUAUAGAACAAGCAACUGGAGGUAUCUCAAAUUAUAGGUUUGUUGAUGAAAUAAAUAACCUUGUGGAGUCGUUUUUUAUUCAGCAUAGGCCUACAACCUGUAUUAUAUCUAGUAGAGUGAAUCCCGAUAAUCUGGAGUUUAUUGAAAGAGAGUGUCAGAAGUUUAAUUGCAAGUUGGAGUUACAACCGAACGAAAAUUUUAAUAUAAAACAAAGCUUGAAUUUUGGAGGUUUGAAUCUAAAUGCAGAUGGCGGUUCUCUGUUAAAAUUGUUACAAAACAGUGAUGAAACUUUAAUAGUAACCAUAUCAACAGUGAAUGCCAUUUUAAAUUAUUUAUUAAACAAUUCUAAUGAUGAAGAUAAUAUAAAUUCAUCACGAACUUGGAUUAAUACAUCUAAUAUGAUGCAAAAUAAUAUGAUUCAGUAUGUAGAGGUCCUUUCUUUAUGUGACAGAAUGCUUUUAGAUUCUGAUACCAUCGCUGCAUUAAAUAUUAUGCCUUCAACUAAAUAUGGUCAAGAUAAAAUGAUAGAAAAUGGAAGCUUCAGUAUUUUCCAACUUUUUAAUAGAACAAAUUCAAGUUUAGCAACAACAAUAUUAAAAAAUUGGUUGCUUUUCCCCUUAACUAAGAUCAGCGAUAUAAAGGCAAGAUCGGACAUAGUAAAAUUAUUUCUCCAGCCAACCAACUCAAUAUUAUAUGAGGAUUUAAAAUUAAAGUUGAGAAAGAGUCAUAAUAUGUACAGUGUGUUUAAUGCACUUCAAGAUGGUAAUGCUUCUUAUAGAACAUGGGCAUAUUUAUAUGAUUUUUUAACCAAAGGAAUUGAAAUAUUCUAUCUCCUCUCCACUUUUUCUUUAGAGAAUAUUGAUUCGUCGAAUGCUAUAUCCCAAAUUUUACUCACAACAAAUAUUAAAGAGAUAAGGACUAUGAAACUUAAAAUUGAAUCUAUCAUCAAUAUUGAAGAAAUGUUGGAAACAAAAAAUAUAGUCCUAAUUCAAGGUCUCGAUGUCAACCUUGAUAAAUAUCACCAGGAGUUUCACGAUAUUGAAUUAAUAUUAGAAGAGACUGCUUUCAAAGAAGAACAAAACGUAAAAAAUUAUCUCUCCGAAAUAUGUCACAAAAAAAGCGAUAUGUCAGGAAGACUGUUAAAUAUAAUAUACAUUCCUCAGAUGGGUUACCUGGCAUCUAUAUCAAAAACUUUCCCUUUCCAAGAUGUACUACCAACCAAAUUUAAAUGGAAUUUCUCAUUUGAAACAUCUACAACGCUCUAUUUUACAACACCCUUUACAACGGAAUUGGAUGAAUCUUAUGGAGAUAUUUACUCAUUCAUUUUAGAUCUCAAAGUAGAAAUUAUUCACGAACUCCAGGACUUUGUUUUAGGUUAUAAGAAAGAAGUAUUAUAUUUUCACCGAAAGUUAGCAGAGCUGGAUAUUUUAUCUUCGUUUGCAACAAUUGCACAAUUAUUUUCCUAUACGGAACCCUUACUGACAGAAGACAAUUGUUGCAUAAAUAUCACCCAAGGUAGACAUCCACUAUACGAAUCAAUAGUCCAAACAUACAUCCCAAAUUCUCUAGAAUUGAUCGGAGGAAAAUUUAAAAAUAUUCGUUGGCAAAAUGACGGAAAUCAAAGGAUUAUAUUAUUGACAGGUGCAAAUGGGUCUGGGAAGACCGUAUUCUUAACUCAAAUAGGAAUUAUAGUCUAUUUGGCUCAGAUCGGUAGUUUUGUUCCUGCAAAUCAUGCCAAUAUUGGUAUUACAGAUAGAAUAUUUACCAGGAUCAAUUCUAAAGAGAGUUUGGUUGUCAAUAGGAGUUCUUUCGAAAGUGACACAAUGCAAAUGAGCUCCUGCAUGUCAUUUUGUACUGAAAGAUCGUUAUUACUUGUUGAUGAAUUUGGGAAGGGAACCGAUUCCAUCGAUGGGCCAGCUCUAUUUGGUUCAAUUAUUAAAUAUUUUUCUGAAAGUAACACUUGUCCAAGGGUAGUUGCUUGUACUCAUUUUUCAGAAUUGUUUCAGAAGGACGUGCUGUCCACAGACAUUCCUGGUAUCCAAUUUUUACAGACUGAAGUAUUUAUUAGUAAUGAGAUGCAAGACACAAUUGAUAAGGAUUAUGCAUUUAGUCCACAGAGCAAUAGCAACAUAUUUUUGUAUAGUAUAGUUUCUGGCCUAUCUACAGACUCUCUUGGAAUACUUUGUGCAAAAGUCUGUGGAAUGAAAGAAACGAUUAUUAAGAGAGCCUCUGAACUGAGUAAAAUUAUGAAGAACGGUGAAAACAUUACACAGCAAUGCAGUAAACUAUUAGAUGAAGAAGUUAAGGCAUUUGAUAAAGAUCAAACAAUUAUCAAAGAAUUUCUUGCAUGGGAUUUAGACCUGGAGUUUACCACUUCCGAAUACUACUUACAGAAAAAAUUAAGUGCCAUAUUAAAGGGCCAUAAAAUUCAAAGAGAUACCUUUCAGAUACAGUAA